CGUGAUUUUUAUUCAGGUCAUCCUCUUAGCAACGCUCUGACUCUCAUCAACGAGCGCUGCUCCCAAUGUUUACUUCUCCAGCAUGUCUUCUGAAGCCAGAAAAAGUCAUGUUGUGCUUUGUUGAGGAUAAUUGUACAGUACGUAGAUUGAAGAGCAACCAUGUUUACAUGGCAUAUAUUCAAAUUGCUGUACGGAUAAGACAAUAGGCAUUCCAGUUGAACACUUGGACAGCUUCUUCUCUCGGGCAGCGAGCUGUUGUCGACAAUUUCAGAUCCUCUCCGGCUCCAUGAUGGCGAUGUUUCGGAGCUUUGUCUCAGCGAGCACCCAGCUCCGCCAGCAGCAGCAUCCCAGCAGCGGAGCAGGAUCCCUGGCUGCCCCGGCGGAGGGGAUCGAGAGCCAGUUCUCUUGUCCUAUCUGCCUGGAGGUCUACCAUAAGCCCGUCAGCAUCGCCAGCUGUACUCACACGUUCUGUGGAGAGUGUCUGCAGCCAUGUCUUCAAGUGACCUCGCCCCUCUGCCCGCUCUGCCGUGUUCCCUUUGACCCGAAGAAAGUGGAGCGCUCUUCCAGUGUGGAAAAGCAGCUGGCCUCUUACAAAGCACCCUGCAGGGGUUGUAGCAAGAAGGUGGCUCUGGUGAAGAUGAGGUCUCACAUUUCUUCCUGUUCUAAAGUACAAGAGCAGCUAGCCAACUGUCCCAAGUUUGUUCCCGUUGUACCCACCUCCCAACCUAUACCAAGCAAUAUUCCCAAUCGGUCAACGUUUGUGUGUCCAUUCUGCGGGGCUAGAAACCUGGACCAGCAGGAACUGGUGAAACACUGUAUGGAAAACCACCGCAAUGACCCCAAUAAAGUGGUGUGUCCAGUUUGUUCAGCCAUGCCAUGGGGAGACCCCAGCUAUAAGAGCUCAAACUUCCUCCAGCACCUCCUCCACAGACACAAGUUUUCUUAUGACACCUUUGUUGACUACAGCAUCGAUGAGGAGGCAGCACUGCAGGCAGCUCUGGCACUAUCACUGGCUGAAAACUGACAACAGUCAGCCCACCACCAUCUUCUCACCAUUUACCCCAAAUCCACUGUUACUACACUGCUGCUACACCACUAUGGUUCAGAAGGUAUCAUGCAGCCAACAGACUUAUCUGACCCAACCGGGUCCACACACUCUUCAGAAAACUACGGCACCAUGUUCCAGCUUCAGAUUUGAUGAUAACCUCACUUCUUUUUCACAUGAAGUUGUCCUGGUGAAGCAGAAGAGCUAGUUUUCUGAGCUUCAACACAAAAGCAGUCUGACAAUACCGUCUCUGCUCUUUUGGAUUUGAGGAAAGAAAACUUUGGCUUAGAAGGGAUAAAGGGACCAUAUCAUGAUAAGUUGUUAGGACUAACCCCAGCAUAACCCAUCACAUGCUGACUUUGAAAACCCCAGCUUCAAAUCGUUCAUUCACUCACAGCUUCCACCAGGACCCCCACUGCAUGAAGGGCUACCUCCACGGUACUACUGUCUCAUCCGGAGUACAAACGUUUCACAGCCUGCUGAGUCAAAAACCCACGUCAGUGAUUUGAGGUCUCUGACCACUAGUCACACUGACCUCUGGUUCACCAUCAGUAACGUUGUAGAAGUUUAGUCAGAGUGAUGAUGAGUGGAGAAAUGCGCUUCUUCUACUGAGAGGACUGCUGAGAUCAAGCUUGAACAGGCAGAUUAACUCCGUACAGUAGUACAGUAAGAGCAACUGAGAAUGCUUUCCACAGAAAUAUACAAAAAAGUCAAAAUUAAACCCAGGAAAUCAAUAGAUGCAGUCGGCGGGGCAUCCCGGUGGUGAAAAGAAUCCUACCCCCAGUCUGGAGGGCUGUGAACAUGCAGAUUUUACACUGAUACUAAUGCUAACAAUCCGUUAUACCCUAAACUGAGGCAUUACUCUGCUUAAACACAAACAAUACUUAGGUAAAUUAAACAGUAUAGGAUUCUGUGUCAUGCUCUAAUAGACUGGACAAGUGAUCACCCUCAGUGGACCGCUGUGUCAUUCCCAAAAAUCUUUUCCUACCUGGUUAAAUCACCAGUUCAGAUAAAAUGUGACAUUCGCUGUUGAUAAGACGUAUAAAGCUUCAUCUCAGUUAAUCCAACGUUCAUGGAACCCCUCACCAAUCCAACACUGCUAGGAUAAGGUGAAAAUAAAGUUAAAGUUACAUGUAAUGAGGUGCUGAAUACACAUGUGAACUUUGGUCUUCUUGUUGGAUCACUUGAUCUCCUAAUUGGCUCUGUGCUUCAGUCGGGUUAAAAUUCAAAGAUCUUAAUUCAAGGUUUAUUUAAAGGGCAGAAGAGCACGCAGCAGCUCCUUGACAUUGGAGUGUUCCCCUCAAUGCCGGCUGUAUCUAUAGCCUCUCUGCAUCUGUCUGCAUUUUUUACUAACCAAAACAAACUGGAACGGUAGUUCUGUUAGUUGGAAAAUUAGCACACGGUUGUUUGACAAAGUACGGGAGGAUUUCUCCUGUUGCUUUGACCGAAGAGAGUGAAAACUUUCAGGAUGUUUGUUGACUGAGCGGACGGUUCUAGUCAGUGAAUAAAAGGAAAGCAUCUCCCCAUAGAUGGCGCCAAAACAUGAUGUAGAGCGAGGCUUAUAUUCUACAGAUUUUCAUGUCUCAAAAGAAAACCAGGAAGAGAAAUCAACUGACCAGUGAACAUGCAGGCUGUUUUUCAGUAAAAUUCAGUCUUAAAUUAGGAGACAAAUGUGAAAAGGAUGUGAAUUUUACAAAAGUAAAGAAAUGUUUUAAUAAAUUACUAAAGCAGGUUUUGAUAAUACUAGCUUCAGUGAUCUAAAGGAAAAUACAAAUAUAAUGUAGAUUCCUUAUUUUGAUUUGACUUUUAUUUGUUUAUUUUGACUUAUUGGUCAUUACUAUGGAUUAAAAACUAAAUUUGUUCAGCAGAGAAACCUCAUUUAAGGAUGAUAACACUCCAAUCUUAGUAUUCUUAAUCUCCUCAUCUCUCCACUCCUAUUACUGCUGGCUUUCUACACUUUUUGAGACAGAAGGCAUUUUGCUGUCUUUUUCCAAAAUAAGUAAUGUUUCUGUUUUCCUCUGCAUAAUACCAGCCAAGUAAACUACUCAGAGAAGUUUAUCUUCGGCCCACUUACAGGAUGGUCUGUGUGAACUGUUUAGAAAAAACGAUUUAAAUAGCCUCAAAAUGCAAUAUUGCUGUUUGGCAAGAAUGCCAGUUAAUGCAUAGAUUCAGUGCAGUUAUUUAUUAACACUCCAAAAAUCAAUCUACAUCUUUGGUCCACAGAACAGUUGUCUAAAUAUCAGUGAUUUUGGUAUUAUGGCCGCCCUGAGUGAAUAAUCAGUUUGUUUACUAAAGUUGAGGUCAGUUAGAAAAUCUAAUCUUGUCCCUUUAAACAUGCACACAGGAUAAAAGCAUGCCAGCCUCCAUGGGGGUAGGUAGCAAUACACCCCUUUGAGCUAGCUACUAUAGACUUGUUUCCUGUUAGCCUUGCUAACAAGAUAGCAAGCACUGCACUGUCAGAUUUCAUGACUCUGAGUGUUUUAUUAGGUUUUUUACCCACUUUUGGCUAUCUAAAACGUAGUAGUUUACAGAGAUAUCCCAAGGCAGACAGAACAGCAACACCACUAUUCUCAGUGUCUUUGGUCAAACGUGAUUUACAACUGCAUUAUCUUAGGAAAAAUAAAUUAAAGAUUUAAAAGACUGGAUUCAGUGAAAUUUCAGUCCAGCUUACAAGUUUACAUGCAUUUUAAAAAUGCUAAUUAACACAAUAAUUUGACUUUUUUAUUGCAUGUAAAUGUACUGAAUAUUGCAGAUCAGUAAACAGAUUUAUGUUGUAAUAAAGAUUUUCUCUGAAAACCCUGAUGCUGCACUGAUGCUAACGUUAACAUGAGCAUAAAGCAUAUGCUUUAGGUGCAGACCAUGUUUUUGGGAUAUGAUUUCCAGGGGUGGAAAGUAACUAUGUACAUUUACUCAGAUUACUGUAAUUGAGUAACUUUUUUUCUGUACCUGUACUUCUUUGAGUAGUUUUUAAAACCACUACUUUUACUAAAGUAUAUUUUGAGUGAAGUAUUGUACCUAAUUACAUUUUAAAAAGCAUCGAGUACUGAGUAAAAAAAUAAACACUAAAAGCCACAACAAGGAGGUCCAAGCUUUCUGCUAAGAACAUGGAAACGACCAAUCAUUUGGCUUUUAUGACACAUGACAGUCAGUACAUGCACAUAGCAGAGAAUGAAUUCAUGUUUCUUCCCAACACAGCUGUUAUAUCAUGCUUUAGGUUAGGUCACACCUCAUAAUUAAUGACCUGGUUGGAGGUCCAUAUUUUCUUGUUGUUAUUGCACAUAGAGGACAGGUCAUAAUUCACUGUGAAAGCCUCUUGGGUAUCAAAUGCAGCUACUCCGUACUUUGAGUAAAUUUUAAAUGACUUACUUUUUACUUUUACUUGAGUAGAUUUUUAGACCAGUAUUUUCACUUUUACUCAAGUACAUUUUAACCAGAGUACCUGCACUUUUACUUGAGUAAAAUAGUCUGGUACUUUUUCCACCUCUCACCCUAACCUUAACCCAUUUCUUCAUUGGACCGUGAGGCUUUCAAAGUUGGGGAAAGUACACGACUAUUGUACUCAAGUAAAAGUCCAGUUACUCUCAGUAACUCUGGGAAAGCUGUGUUGAAGUGAGUCUUCUCUGACAAGGCAAUGCAGGCAGAUAAGGAAUACACACGAUGAGUCCUUUGGACUCUAACUCAGUUGAUAACUUCACUCAUGGUGCAAAUGUGUCUCACAUCAAAAACAACAAUCCACUAAAACACGACCAAGAGAACCCUGACGGGACUCACUGUACAACAGGCAACAUCCAAACAAAACUAAACACACAGAUACUCUCUGCCCAAGGGCAUGAUGGGAAACUCAGCCCAAAUAUCCUUCCAGAUUUAAAAUCCAAUGUAGUCAACAGAGGUGAAAAAAAGUACAGCUGUAUAGUACUCAAGUAAAAGAACAGUUUCUCUUAAGUAGAAGUAAAAGUGCUGCGUAGCUUUCCACCCCUGGAGGUUAUUCAACAGGGUCAGAAUCCAGCUGUUAAAUGAUUAUAACAAGGCCGUUUUUAAUCCUCCUUUUAUUGAGGAGGUCGUCUCAUGUUAAAGUCUCGGUAUUUAAACUGUGUUUAGAGGGAAAAAACGGUACAGGGAUAUCUCUAGUUGGUACUGUCAGUAGUGUUGAGUUUACACCUUGUCCUGACCUUCAGCCUGCCCCUCGCCUCCUCCUCUCUCCGUCUUUAACCUCACCCUGAAUGUUCGCACUGUAGAGCUCAGUGGGAAGCCGUAUGUGUGACUGAUUCUGUUUGCUGGGACGCUAAAGUUCUUUGAAAUGCUUGGAUGAAAACUUCUUUUAUCUCUUAUAAAUCUGACAUGGAAAGAUCAAAAGAAUGAUUCACAGUACAACAUCUGAUACAAAUCCUGGAAGCUCAGCCGUAACUGUCCAUCCUCCGAGAGCUUCACAGGAGCAACCUAAAGAUGCAAAAGAUCAAACAGCACUAAUAAUAGAACCACAGCAGACAUCCCAUCCACUCACUCCUACAGCCAGACAGCUCCUAUUUUUUAUCUAUGUGAAUAUUUGCACUUAUAAUCGUUCUUUUCUACCAGACUGAUCUGUAGAUAUCAUUUGGAAAUAAUUCAUUUGCGUUUUCUUAAGCGUUUAGCUUUGUCAGUUUAACUUUUAGGGAUAUUUUUAUGAGCUAUCUGCCGAGCAGAAUUAAAAACACAUCUAUUUUUGGCAAAGUGUCUCCACUUAAACCACCAGUCUACUGUCAGAUACUAGUCAGAUCUUUGUCUGCAGCUCUGUGAAUGCAGAAACUUGAGCAGUAUGACCACUAGGUGGCAGUCUUCUCACACAGAGGCUACUGAAACCAACCAUUUACACAGGAGAUCAUGUCAGAGCCUCUAAAUACAUUCAGCAGCUGCACUUUUAUUCAUUUGCUUCUUUAAAAAGUGUAAAUUUAGUUUGUGUUAUCUUUAAUCUUGUUUAAUAUUUUUUCAUUGUCUCGAUGUCUUAAAAAGAAAGGGAACAAACUCAGUGUUAAUCGUAAAGGUGUUAGGGGUUGACGGAGUUCAGAAGUUUUUAUUUGUGCUGGAAAACAUUCAAAUCUUUGUCGACUUGUUUCUUUUUAAUGGGCAGCAUGUGCCAUUUGUUUCUUCUAACAAUAUUUCUGUUGUCAAACCAAGUAGAGAUGACUGAUGAUGUUUUUAACGCAGAGCCAAUAUGCACCAGGAGAAAAAAACAGGCCGGGUGGCGGAAAGACGGCAUUGUUAGCAUCAUUGGUUCAAGGUAGGACGGGAACAUUCACAUGUGCUGGUGGUUGCAGGCAGUGGUAAGAUCCAACAUUUUUAGGGUCCAAAACGCUUACAAGAAAGCUGCUCUUAAAAUCAUUUUAUGGAAAUAACAAAUGUGAUUAUGCUAGCUUAAAACUGGCUAGAAUUAAAGGAUGAAAGCAAAAUUCAAGGACUGUUUGUAGAGCGCACAUGAAGCUUUUUCAGCUCAUCUUCAGCUGGCUGCUCCUAGUCUUCACUAAACCAUCUGCUUGUACUUUAAACACAGGAAGAGAAAGAAGGAGAAUUCCCAAAUUCUUCUGAGCUGUGUGUCAGAAUUCCUCCUUUCUGUAAAUUUCAUUACUUUCUAAAAAUGUAAAAAUAGAAAUCCUUUGCAUAACAGAAGUAUGAUUUUAUACAAAGUAGAUCUCAAUCUGCUUUCCCCCUCAAACAUGUAAUUAUUUAUUUUUUAUUUCAAUUUCUUUUAUAAAAGAUGUUCACCUUUUUACCUCUGUAGCAGAAUUCUUAGCUUCAUGUUUUAUUACAGUUUGUGUAUUCAUGCUUGUUUUUGCUUUUCCCCACAAAUGUAAAUAAUGUUUGUUUAUUUGUAUGUUUAUUCUUUGUUUUUCUAGUGGUACAUUUAAUAUUUUAUUAAACGGUUCGUCACUGGUUAAAGGCAGCAGUUAAACAGUUGGUAAAUGGUCCAGUAUGAAAACAUGAGUGAAGGCCACCAGUAGUGUUAGAUGGUAGGACACUUUAAAGUGGGGCUGUCAGCAUUCACACGUUUAUCAUGAUGAUCAUAAAGGCUGAAAUGUGUGCAUUAUAUUUUCUCAGUUGUAUUAAUUGUGCUGCUCCUUUGAAUAUUUAAUUUCUCUUUAAGAAUAAAGUCACAGGCAGCUCAGUGGACAGAUCUGAAGAAAUCUGCACCUUAUAUCAAACAUUUCAGUUUUUCCCUUCUGAUAUUUUACUUUUCUAUUCAAGGCAGGUUCUUUUAAAAAGGGCUAUUUCAGGAUUUUUGAAGUUGGGUGGUAUGAGGUACUUGGCUAUAGUAGUGGCAUUAGCCUCCAAUUAUCUCUGUGAAAGUUGAUCCGGUGGUUAUUAUGAGUGGCUGUAGAAGGGAAUGUUUUAUCCUUCUAUGUCAGGCACUAAUUUACGAUGCAGCUUUUGGCAUUUUGUGUCCUUCCACCUCCGUGCACUGAUCCUCUGAUCAGCUGUGUGGGUCUGCAGGCUUCUACAGGGAUAAUAACACCACAACAAGCUAAAACAAAGAUAAUAUGAGUGGUUUUGAUUCAAGUUAUGAUGAUGUGCUGUUUACUGUUGAUACGAGAGGAUAUGUGCAUGAACCGGAGUACACCGAAGAAGAACAUAUACGGAUGGAGAGUCAGCGGGCUGAAAGAGAGAGCAGAGAAACGUCAUUUGAAAGUUUUAAGCAGGAGAGAUCCCGAGUUAGUGCAGGUGUGGAAAAUGCACACCCAUGCUCUGGAUCAUAGACUGUAGAAGGAAUUGCCUGUGUGACGUCAGCUGUCUGCUUACAAUAGGCAGAGUCAAACAGCUCCUGAAGCCAGUUCGUGGUGGGCUCCAUAUUGAAAUCUUGGUCUCAACCGAACUUUGGAUCAACCUAACGGCCCACUCACUAAGCUUGACUUCCCGUCAGCUAGCUAGCUAGCAUUCUGGUUGACAGAAGCAUAGCUUCUGCCUGUCAAACUACCUGUCAAUCAUGAGACGCACCAAUCAGUGUGCAGUGAGGUUUUUCCUAACUAAAGUAUAAUCUAAACAAUUGUGGUGCAAAAAAAAUCACUCCCUGUACAGUGAGAUCACAUGAAGACACUAGCUAAUGAGACACGUUUGGUUUUCUGAACCAGGCUGUAAUUCAGUUUAUUUCUAGUGUAAAAAAAACAGCUUUUUAACAGGUGUUCAGACGGGACUUCUGGUGCCUCAAGCAGCCUCAAGUGGACACUCACAGUAUUGCAAUUUUCACUUCCGCAUUGGCUUCAUUUUUCAUGACCGGAGGUUGUGGCUUGCUCAGGAUCAGCUAAUGCCACUACUAUAGCCAAGUACCUCAUACAACCCAACUUCAAAAAUCCCGAAAUAUCCCUUUAAGUCCAAUGUCGUAACCUCCUGGAUUCUCUUUACAAAUUAAAGCAAUUUAAAAAAAAAAAAUCCAAACAGGAAGUAUAGUACCCCAGCUUAAGACAGUACCAAUUGCAUAGUAAAAGUAUAAUAAAGAACAUUUUAUUGGGAAAAUCUCCUAGCAUAAUCUGUAAGUCUUAACUGGGCUACUUACACAGAGAAAACAACUGAACAUGAACUCCUGAUGAUUGUAAAUAUUGUCACAUUCACAAGGGUCACUGGAUGACAGAGUCAUUUUGUACAUGCAUUACUGUGUUACUAGUGUUAAUGUUUCUGACAGAAUAAGCACUUUGAAGUGGUCUCCUACCUCUAAGUCAGCACAGCACUCGUUAAAAAAUCAAUGUAUAAAAUAAAUUUCAUUCAUUUUAUUGCAAAAAUAAGCAAAUAGUAAAAAUUCCUCUACAUUUUCAAGCUAGAAUAAAAAAGGGUUCUGAAAUGCAAAACAUAACCAUCAUUAAUCGUGACUAAUGAUUGAAUUCAAAGAUUAACUGUAUUUUUUUUAACAAACACAAGAUACUUGUGCUUGUAGGCACUACAAGGCACUGAAAAUUUAAUAAUUUGACAGCCCUACUGUAAAGGCUUUGUGCAUGGGUAACCAACACUUUCAAACAUGGUGAAGCUGACAUGGAGGUGUAGGAGAUCUGUCUUUCUUAAAAUGAUUUAAAAGACUGCUUCAGAUUUUUCAUUCACAUGAUCUAAAACAGUGGUUCCCAACCUUUUUUCCUUAGCAGUGGUCUAAUAAAUUUGUUAAGCAAUGUAUAUCUAAAUUUGACAACCUCAAAGUAGGGUCAGGACCUGCCCCCCCCCCCCCCCUUUUGGUGCCCCCUCUAGGGGUGCCCGGACCCCAGGUUGGGAACCACUGAUCUAAAACUAAUACCCACAUGCACUAGAGUGCAUUUCUGCAGAGAACAAGGUCUGCUCUGUUAAAUGUGAACACCAGCAAGUAAACUGGUUUGUUGUGGUGUGUUUGGUCUAAACUGAGCUGAAUUGAUCUUAAGAUUGAAAGACAGAACUCAUUUUCAAGGCAAGACUUAUUUUAAACUGGACUUUGUUUUUUGCUUCUUUAUCAAAAUCCCAGAUGAAACCUGAAUUGUCCAAGCAGGCCUUUGACACGUUUUAGAGACUAUAAUCUUCAUGUUUUUGCGUGAGCGUGGACUUGAAGAAAAACUAAUGUACAGCAGACCUGAGAGACGAAAACGGAUGAAGUUCAGAAAGGUGACCGUAGUUAUUGAAUAACCAGACAAGAAGGGAAGCAUUAAAAGUCAGGAUGUCUCAGCUGUGGUGCAUAUCUGUUUUUGUUUUUUUUUGUUUUUUUAUGCUGUCUGUCAUAAAUCCCUCUACUCAAUAAAAGCGCACUUUCACUGUUAAAACUUCAGAGGACACCUGUCAAGGAAGCCUUCUAAUUCAAUAACCAGCAUAACAUUUAAAUAUAAGAGUUGGCACUAAACUUUUUAGAAGGUGCAAAAAACUGUGGCAAAAAGGUGAACCCCUCCAACAGUGGGUUAAAAGUGAAAAAAGGAAAUAUGUGGGUGACAUUUUCACUUUUCAGCAGAAUACUGAAAAAGAAGAACAAUCUGAAGUGCAUCUAUUCAGCACAAUGGCUUGACGUAAAGUUUUUGCUGAAACAGACCGUGAUGAGGACAGAUUAGUGUUGGUAGGACUUGUUCAGUCUGAUUCUGUGUUCAGUGUGAAUAAAUAUGCAUCUUUCUAGACAGUAAUAACACCUAGAAGGUUUGCAGGAAUGAUGAGGAUUUUGAUGUCUGGGGUUCUCCAGUUGUUGCACUGCUUGAGGUUUUAUCACAACACUAUAAGGAUG